AACAAACUAAGCAUGCAACAGGGAAUCUUCAACCAAAAAUACUUUUUACUGAUGCAGAUCCAGCGAUGCAGAAAAUUAAACCAAAACUUCAAAGUAAAUGGGAUACUUUCAUUAAUGAUUUCUAUGUUAUGUGCAAUUCACUUACCAGUAUAGCUUUUGAAUGCUGUUGGACAAAUUUAAUUAAUAAAUACCCAGAAGUUCAAAAAUAUUUUGAACGUGUAUUGUAUCCGACCAAAACAUGCUGGGCUUAUGCAUUUACCAAAGGUAGCUUUUCAGCCAAUACACAUUCAACCCAACACUUCAGAGUUGAAUUAAAACUAAAAGAUGAAGCCAAAUAUUCACAAUGGCAAGAAUUUUGGAAUAUGAACCCUACUACUGGAAUUCCCGGAGUUCGGAUAAAUGAACUUAAGGAUAUUAGUAUAACAAUGCAGAAUUCAAAUCAGUAUAAUGAAGGGUUUCUUGAGGAUGAUUAUGAAGAACCUCAAAUUUUAAUUAACAUGGCUUUGGAGGAUUGUUCAGAGGGUGUUUUGAGUGAAAUAUGGGAG